AUGCGGGGGGCUCCUGGGAACUGGGUUGGAGCCGAGCUAGCGCUAGCCAGGCGCAAGCGCGCACAGACUGCAGCCACCCGAGGACCACCCCCCGCCCCUGGCCACCCGGGGACCCCCGCACAGAAUCGCCUCCGGAUCCCCGGCCGUCGGCGGGAGUGUCGGAGGUUGGCGCGGGCCCCCGCCCUCCGCGCCCCCCACGGGAAGGAAGCACCCCCCGAACUAAAAAGAGCGGAGCGGAAAGAAGCCCUCAUUCGGCGGCCAGGAGGCGAGCCGAUGCCGAGCUGCACCGCGUCCACCAUGCCGGGGAUGAUCUGCAAGAACCCGGACCUCGAGUUUGACUCUCUGCAGCCCUGCUUCUACCCGGACGAAGAUGACUUCUACUUCGGCGGCCCCGACUCGACCCCCCCGGGGGAGGACAUCUGGAAGAAGUUUGAGCUGUUGCCCACGCCCCCGCUGUCGCCCAGCCGUGCCUUCCCGGAGCACAGCCCGGAGCCCCCGAACUGGGCCACCGAGAUGCUGCUGCCCGAGGCCGACCUGUGGGGCAACCCGGCCGAGGAGGACGCGUUCGGCCUGGGGGGCCUGGGCGGCCUCACGCCCAACCCGGUCAUCCUCCAGGACUGCAUGUGGAGCGGCUUCUCGGCCCGCGAAAAGCUGGAGCGCGCGGUGAGCGAGAAGCUGCAGCACGGCCGGCCGCCCGCCGCGGGGCCCGCGGUCCCGGCCCCGGCCGCGGGCGCCACCGGCCCCGCGGGCCGCGGGCACAGCGCAGUGGCUGCGGGGCCGGGCCGCGCCGGGGCCGCCCUGCCCGCCGAGCUCGCCCACCCGGCCGCCGAGUGCGUGGAUCCCGCCGUGGUCUUCCCGUUCCCGGUGAACAAGCGCGAGCCCGCGGCGGCGCCCGCCGCCCCGGCCGGUGCCCCAGCGGCGGGGGCCGCGGUCGCCUCGGGGGCGAGCGCCGCAGCCCCAGCGGGCGCCCCGGUGGCCGCUCUUCCACGCACCGGCGGCCGCCUGGCCAGCGGCGGUGACCACAAGGCCCUCAGCACCUCCGGAGAGGACACCCUGAGCGACUCAGAUGAUGAAGAUGACGAGGAGGAAGACGAAGAGGAGGAAAUCGACGUAGUGACUGUGGAGAAGCGGCGGUCCUCCUCCAACAGCAAGGCCGUCACCACCUUCACCAUCACCGUGCGUCCCAAGAGCGCGGCCCUGGGACCUGGGAGGGCCCCGUCGGGUGAGCUGAUCCUCAAGCGCUGCGUCCCCAUCCACCAGCAGCACAACUACGCCGCCCCGUCUCCCUUCGUGGAGAGCGAGGAUGCGCCGCCCCAGAAGAAGAUAAAGAGUGAAGCAUCCCCGCGUCCCCUCAAGAGCGUCAUCCCCCCAAAGGCCAAGAGCUUGAGCCCGCGUAACUCUGACUCGGAGGACAGCGAGCGCCGUCGGAACCACAACAUCCUGGAGCGCCAGCGCCGCAACGACCUGCGGUCCAGCUUCCUCACGCUCAGGGACCACGUGCCAGAGCUGGUGAAGAACGAGAAGGCCGCCAAGGUGGUCAUCUUGAAAAAGGCCACCGAGUACGUCCACUCCCUCCAGGCCGAGGAGCACCAGCUUUUGCUGGAGAAGGAGAAGCUGCAGGCAAGACAGCAGCAGUUGCUAAAGAAAAUCGAACACGCUCGGACUUGCUAA